AUGAUCCAAGUCUCCUACAAAAGCACCCACAUUCCCUCCUUAAACCAUCCACACCCACAUUCACAUUCAAAUUCACAGUCACGCCCAUUUCACCGCCGCACUCUCCUCUAUAAAACCCCAUCCCCUCCUACAACCUCUCUCGUCCUACGUAAUCAAUCCACACCAUCAACCCCCACAACGCCCAGAAGAACCAAAACGAGAGCCAGCAUUCCCAGAGAGGUAGAGGGAAAAGGAGUGCUUUUGAUCCCAACCCAUUGUUCUUCUUCUUCUUCUUCUUGGUUCCAUUGUUUCGUUCCGUGGAAGAAAAUUGUGUUGAUAGAUCAGCACGUGCUCUGGACCUUCUUUGCCUCGCUGCUUGGGUUCGUUCUUCUCUACACUCUCCGUCGGAAUAGCAGCAAAAGAACGACAAGGAAGAAGAAUUUCCCAGAAGAAUGCGCGGAAGAGAGCUUCGCUGGCAGAGAAUGCCGUCCCGUUAACGGCUCCGGCACCUAUGUCAUCAUCGUCGGCGCCGGUGUCGCCGGUUCCGCCCUCGCUUACACCCUGGGCAAGGAUGGAAGAUGGGUUUGUUUGAUAGAAAGAGACUUGACAGAGCCAGACCGAAUUGUUGGUGAACUUCGCCAGCCUGGGGGAUACCUGAAAUUAAUGGAAUUGGGCCUUGAAGGUAUGCGUGGAGAAAUAUUUUCUCCCCAACAUGCAUCCUUUGGUGCAUGCGUACGUACAAAUAUAAAAUUUGACUAAAUAAGGUUGCCCAAGAAAAUAAAUAAAUUAAAAGAUUGACUAAAUCAUAGUUUUUUUU